AUGUCGGUGGGUGGGCGUUCAGUUUUCCUUAUCGUCAUUGGAUUUCCUCUCCGCCGGUCAGAGCUGCUGCUCCUGCGUCUCCACACACUUCCUGCACCGAGCCACGGCUUUCAGAGGCUAUCUGUCGAGAGAGGGGAGCCAAGAUGAGGAACAGAGAUAUUUGGGAGGGAACGUGAGGCAUGACUCAAGGACUUUAAGAUGACAUAAACCAAGGACCCAACUGGAACCGUUUCCUUGUUUGUCUUUUGUUUUGUUUCUGUUUUUGUUUUUGAUUUUCGUUGUCAUUUUGUUGAUUCACCUGUCUUACCUUGUGUUGCUCCUCGUCUUGUGGAGUAGUACUUGAUUGAGUGAAACUUAUCACACUACUGUCUGGGGGGGACUGGCUUAGUCACUCCUCUUGUCUGCCUCCUUUAUGUCACUUAGAUCAAGAUAGCAAUAGAGGUAUCAAAGGUCUUGAAAAGUCUGCACUAAUCAUAUCGUUGUGGCAUUAAUUACAGGCAACACUUAAAAUGCAACCUACUUUACAGAAAUCUUGUGCGUUAAUUUAAUUAUUGUAAUCUCCUUGUCUAAACAAGGUGUGUUUGCGUUUUGUUUUGUUCAUACUUAAUGAUCAUUUUUUUAAUGCAACUAAGAGUUUCAUUUUUGUCCAUUUGUGUAAUUAUUUAAAGGCAUAUUGCCAAUGUUAAGUAGCUGCUCAGCUGCCUUAUAUUGCUAUAACAAUAGGUGGCUUUUACGUUGUAAUGUAAACUUAUUUUUAUACUUAUGCAAUCUUUGUGAAGAACACUUUUAUUUUUGUUUAAAUGACCCGUUUUACAUUUUUUAAAUUCUUUUGGUUUUGAAUAUGUUGAUGUAUUUCCUGUCCACUUUCCAGCUGGCAGCAAACUGUAUAAGCUGACAGCCCUACAGAUCAAACUGUGAUGGGAGGUUUCUAACUGUGACACAAAGACUGGUUUUUAGCAGUUCCCAUCUUCACUGGAUAAGUAAAAAAUACUCUAAACUGAAGAAGCGUUGAACUGGAAGAAGUUCUUUUUUUCUUUUUAAAUGAAGAUGUAUAUCUGAACUGGACAGACAGGAAGAUCUUUUUUUUUUUUUUGUGACUUUGCCCCUUAUAUUGAAGCACUGACAAGGAAGGAUGAUUUUGAAGAGAUUUUCAGGAUAAAGUUCUCGACAGAUAAUCGGAUACUUUUUGAUUUUCACUGCAAAUCUCGGAAGAGUUGGCAGAUUGCCCUUUUUGAGCCUCUAACUUUAGAAAAUUGUACCCUGAAAUUCUGUAGACUGAUAAGCUUUGAGCAAAGAAGAUGCGAUCCCCAGAACCUUCCUCACCUUCUCCAGCAGAAGCUCUUCUUCACAGCCAGUUUGCCAGCUGGGGAUCAGGCAGCAACAGCAACAAUAACACCUGUCCCAACAGCCCUGGUGGCACUGGAGGGCUAUCCCCAGCUGUCUCCCCAACUCCAGCUCUGGCAUCUAACUACGCCCUGACCCUCACCCACACCCACAUACACAUACAGCGCCUGUCGCCCCGCCCGGGAAAGGAAGCUCGUCUCCUGCUGCCCUUAUCAGAGUUGGUGGGGUGCAGCUGUCCCCGGUCGCCUGCACCACCUCUGCUAGUGCUCUACUGGUACCCACCAGGAAAAAGAAGGAAAGGGGUGUCCCGGCGCAGGCAGGUGAGGGCCUACUUGGCAGAAAGCAGAGCCGAAGCUGAGAGGUGGUCAGCUGCUGUGCAGUGUCUACUUAGAGGUGUGACUGUCACCGCUAACACAGAAUUUUCAAGAAGUCUGCUACCUCGUCCCAGGCGACUACUGUUAUUGGUCAAUCCCUGCAGUGGAAGAGGCCAGGCAAUGCAGUGGUGUCAGACCCACAUCCUGCCAAUGAUUAGAGAGGCCAACAUCAGUUACAACCUUAUACAGACAGAACGCCAGAACCAUGCCAGAGAGCUCAUCAGAGAAAUAUCACUCCCGGAGUGGGAUGGCAUCAUCAUUGUUUCUGGGGAUGGUCUGCUGCAUGAGGUUAUUAAUGGGCUGAUGGAGCGCCCAGACUGGGAACAAGCAAUAAAAACACCUGUCGGCAUUCUACCCUGCGGCUCUGGGAAUGCACUGGCUGGCUCCAUCAACCACCACGCAGGGUAUGACAUGUGCCUUCGAGAGCCCCUCCUUUUGAACUGCUGCUUUUUGCUCUGUCGAGGUGAAGUCCGACCCAUGGACCUCGUCUCUGUGACAACAAGCCCCACUCCAUCCAACAACAAUCGUGCUGCAGCACCCAGCAGACUGUUUUCCUUUCUUUCUGUUGCCUGGGGCUUUGUGUCCGAUGUGGACAUUGAGAGUGAGAGGUAUCGUGGCCUGGGCUCAGCUCGCUUCACCCUGGGCACUUUAGUGCGCAUAGCUUCUCUUCGGUCCUACAAGGGCCGUCUCUCCUACCUACCACCCUCUAUUGUCACCACUUCACCAGAUGCCACGCCUCCUCCACCAAGGAGACCCCUCUCUCGCAGUAUCACAGAAGGCCUGGAGGGCUUCUGCCGCACGCCUAUCCAUCGCACCUGCUCUGACAUGGGCAUCAGUGAACAGAGGAGCCUCCGCAGGGGUGAGGGAGAGAGAGAAAAAGAGGAGCGGCAGAAAGAAAGGGAGAGAAGAAGGGAGAGGGCCAGGGGAGGAGGCACAGGUGUGGUGAGGGCAAGCAGUCUGGCAGAAGAUAGAGAGAGGGAGGGAGAGAUGGAGAUGGAAGCAGAGGAGGAGAAGUCAGGGACAUGUUCAGAGAGGUCAGGGAUUUCAGAAUCAAAUGAAAGGGAUGAAUGCAUAAUGGGAAGGGAAGAAAGGUUGGAAAAGAUCAAGGAUGAAAGGGAAGAUGAUGGACCAGCAGCGCAAUACUCCGAGGAGAUGGAGGAAGAAGAUAGAGGAAAGGAUGAGGAAGGCAGUGGUGUUUCUGUAGAAGGAGAGGGAGUGUUGCAAGCGAGAGAGCUGGGAGACAGCUAUGGGGUUGUCAUGGGGCGAGAGGCAGAUGAAGACCCAGAGGUCACCCACCAAGAUGGCCUUCAGGAAGCGAGACAGACAUUAAGAAAGAAUUCAGCCCCUUCAAGCCAGAUAGCCGAAGCUCUCUACAAUCAGCCUCUCAGUCAGGAGGUUGAUGCAGAUUCUGGUGCUUCAAAUGGCGUGGAGGACAUGGAUCUGAAUGGAACCUACUACCAGAAAGAAUCGUACUCACUGGAUGUUGCUCGUGAGCGAGCUUUGACCAUCUCCUCUCCUUUUCGGCAUUCUCCCUUCUCUUACAAGGCCAAAACCCUGGACAAAAACCAAAACGCCUCCCGGCCAAGGCCCCUCUCGCUCCUUCAACACUCCCAGACAAAUUCCCUCCCCCCUAAACUCAGUUCUCUCUCUCUGUCUCUUUCCCCUACACCCCCCUCAUCUCCAUCAUGUGCCUCCCCACACUCAUCAUCCUACCUUGCCCCCCGUCCUAAUACCCCAAAUUCCACGUCACCCUCUCCCUCUUUACGCACACCGUCCUCAUCUUUUAACUUUGACAUUGCCGAACCAGCAGGACCCUUCAAGAACCGUCCCUCCUUCUCGCUGCCUUUAAAUCUACCAAGGGAUGACUUGUUACCCCCCCUCGACCAACCCCUUCCCACUCGAGACUGGAUCACCAUUGAAGGGGAUUUUGUCCUGGUCCUGGCCCUUUAUCAGACCCACCUAGGGGCUGACCUUCAUGCUGCACCCCAGGCCAGGUUUGAUGAUGGGCUGAUCCACCUGACUUUCGUGCGGGCAGGGAUCUCCAGAGCAACUCUACUGAGACUGUUCUUUGCCAUGGAAAGAGGAACCCACCACUCUGUAAGCUCACCAUAUGUGAGCCACGUUACCUGCAAAGCAUUCAGGCUGCAGCCUUUGUCUACACGAGGAACACUCACUGUGGAUGGAGAGCUUGUGCCCUAUGGGCCUCUUCAAGCACAGAUCCAUCCUUCCAUGGCCCGUCUCAUUGUCGGAGACUCUGGAGAGAAGAUCACCAGAUUCUAAUCAGGGAUUGGUUGAUUUGAUUGACAUAUCAGCACUCUACUGAAUUAAAUAAUCUCUGUUGCCAUCUAUAGUCUGAGUGGCCUGGCGUAGCUGAAAGACUUCAAAUAGCCUGAAUUGCAGAAAAUGCUUUUCUAAGGAUUAAUGAAAGGGAUAACCCACCGAGCCACGCAUCAUUGGAGCAUGUCUGCAGGGAUUAAUUGUGUAUUUGAAAAUGGAUUAAAAAAAAAAAAAUGCCUCAUUGCACAGCUGUUGGAUUACACACAGUGUACCCUGAGAAACAUGAAAACGCCACAGCCUGGGGUAAUGCGUGGGAAGAACAAUCGAAUGUUUAUGGGUUUUUGUGCAGAUAGUGCAUGCGUUGGAUGUAUACAUCGUAGUAUGCAUGCAAAGAAGCGCUACCUGUUUUUUGUUUUGUUUUGUUUUUUUGCCUUAUGUUGAGAUGAAGAAAAAUCAGAUUAAAUUUAAAGAAUAUUGUUCGUGAACUUGAAAAGCUAUAAAAUUGCAUUGAGAUUAAUUUGGACUAAAAGCCCAAUUAAAUUAUUCUCACCUUUCAUCCACGUCCAGAUGUUUGAGUAUAAAAACUUUAGUCCCUGAAAGGAAUGCCUUAUCUGACACUGUACACUACAGUUGUACCUUUACUCUUUUCCUUCUUAUGUAAGAAACUCUAAUCUAAUCUAAUCUCCGUCCACCUAUCAGAGACCGUUGACUACAUUAAAAAAAUCAAAUCUGAGACCAUGACUCGAACGCUGUUAAGCAUCAGUGGAGAAAAAAAGCGACUAGAAGUGAUCAUUUUGCUCAUGCAGUUAAAUCCACGUAGAGCAGCAAGAUCCAGCGUUUCAGGUUAUCACAUUAGUAGGAGCAGUGGAUCCGUGGAACAGUGUCCAUUACUGAUCGUUUGCAUAAUCUACCUGUUUUUCUUAGCCAGUGGAUGCACAGUGAUGAUGAUGUCAGUGAUAGCAGACUGCAAUAUAUUGAACAUAAACUCUCUGAACAAAGGGAGCUUCUUUGUCAGUGCUUUCAGCCUACGCGUUUUCAGAAAGUCUUUCUGACUCACAGCCUUAGUCUUCAGUACUGGUUUUUUUUUUUUUUUUUUGUCUAAAUAUAUCACUAUCUCCAAGUGAUCUUUAACAGACGUUACACGCCUCAGUUAAGAAGUGUCGUAUUUAUUUCUGCCCCAAAAAAACUGCCGAUCACAACACUAGAACAAUUCAAACUAAAGAGUAACACUCUUCUGUCUGAUGCGGUGUUUUGUUUCAGAAAAUACAUCCACUAGCAUUAGCAUCGCCUGAAAUGAAUUAACUGUUGCACUUUGAAGACUCAUAGGAUUUGAGGGUAGGACUGACUGUUAAUAAAGUCAUUUAGAAACUCUAAAAUCCUGCUGUAGAGCCAGCACUAAUGCCCGCCGUUGUGAGACCAGGUAGUAAACCAGAUAGAAGAACAGUUUGCACUUUGAGAAACUGGCUGGCAGCAGAGGCGUUCUGUUGAAGUAAACAACAAGACUGAUGUUUAAAACUGAAAAAUGUUUUGAGACUACAAGUACUUCCAAAUGAUGAUAAGUGGAAUCAAACUACAGAGGUUAAAACCUUUAUAGGAUUUUUUUUUUAACACCUGCUGAUAUACUUGGAUGAAGUAUAAAUCAUUAGCAUGUGUAGUUUAUCAAUCAGGAAGGUCGUGUGCCAACUGCUCGGGUUGUCAUCAACUUACUGUAUGUCUCGGUCAUGCCUGGACAAAUCAAUGCCUUUGUAUAAUAAGCCUGUAAAUUCUGGCUGUUGAUCAUGAGCUGUUUAAACCUGAAUGCAGAAAAUGGAGUAAAACUCUUUGCUUACCAGGAUGUUAUUUUUGCUUUUAUUUUAUUUUUUCUUCCUUUGAGCGCACAAUGCAGCUAGUCUACCACAAUUACACUGUGCUUACACAGCUACAGAAUGUGAGUACAACAUUUUGAGUCUAGGCUUGUAAUAUUACCAAAUAGAAGAGUCUAUAUACACUUUGAAUGGAGUUUUUGCCAAAAUGUUUACUCUGGAUGUUUAAGAGACAAGUUAUGACCAUUUACCUUCCUAAACACUUUGUUGUGUAUGGCCAUAACUGGGACCAUGGUGUUACAGACCAAUUCCAUGAUGGGGUUUGACCCCCCUCAGUUGAUAAUGCCAUAAAGAUGUCUGUAGUGGACUGCCUGUAAUUACUACUAAAACAAUGAAAAUAUAUACAUACGCAAUGUAAAUUUAAUAGUUAUAUAUGGUUUUGAAUAAAUGUAACUUCUU